AUGGACGCAUAUAGGGACUGCUGUGCUGGUAAGGGAUCCCGAACAAAGGAAAAGCAAUUGUACCAGCAGUUCUACAAGAAAAGUAGACUUGCUUCCUGCCCCGGCGGGAGUGGGUGGCGCCCCGGGGAGAAGUGCCAGGAAUGGGGCCCUCCAGCUGGGCUGGGGCUCUCCUGCGGCUGCAGCAGAGCAGGGGCUCCCCGCCGCAGCCGCGUCCCUCCCGUAGGCCCAUGGCAGCGGCGUCCUUGGCGCCCAAUUGCAAGCGGCUCCCCACCUUGGGCGCCUCUUUGCAGCCAGAGCGGCUGCGGCACCUGGGUGCGCUGGGCCACGGGCGGCGCCGGCGGGGAGCGCUCUGAGCAGCCGAGCCGGCCGGGCAGCGAGGAGCUGCUGACGGCGGCGGAGAAACGGAUCGUGGCGCUGCACCGGGAGGCCUGCGCGGCUGGCCUGCAAAACUAUGUGGAUCCAGUUACUGGCUAUUUAGUGUUCACCAAAGUUGCCCACUUGCAGAGAGGUAAAUGCUGUGGUUCUGCAUGCAGACAUUGUCCAUAUGAUCAAGCUAACGUAAAAAACCCGUCCAAAAAGAAGCGGUUCAAUUCAUUUUUUUAUACUUGACGAUCAGUGCAUUUGCCAUCUACGAUGCAGAAACCUAAGCCAGGAUCAGUUCUUUGUGGCUUCGACUGCAUUAAUAUUGGCAUUCCUUUUAUUGAUGCUGGGUUAUUUGAAUACAUUUCAAUUGUAAUAAAAACCAAGCUAAACCGUG